CGAAAACUUUUGAUCCUAUUUCUUCAAAAAACAAAGAAAAAGAAAAAACUUUUGAUCCUAUAGUAUAUGCCAUGGCAGGCACGACACGAGAGAAAUUGCAGGCCAAAAAUCAAGACUAGAAUAACAAAGCAACCUGAAUAGAGAAAAUUUUAGAAAUGGCGGACAGAAGAAAAAUCCCAUUGUAAUUUUCUUUUUUUGUUGGGACUUGGGAGUAUGGUUAUGGAAUCAAAAGCUAACAACAGAGAUUGGUGUGACUGCUUUCUUCGUCGAUCUGCUUAGAGACUUGUUUCUACUAUUUGUGUCUAGCUCUAUUUCACUUCAGAAUGACAGAACCAAGCUCAGCUGAUGUGAUACUGGAAUUUUUGAGGAGAAAUCGCUUUACAAGAGCUGAGGCUGCCUUGCGUAGUGAACUUGGUAACCGCCCUGAUUUGAAUGGAUUCUGCCAGAAGCUUACCCUUGAGGAGAAGGACUCUGGAAAUGUGCUAGAAGAAGAAAAUGGGAAAAAAAUAGCUGGCGAAAGUCAUGGUUCAGGUUCUCGAAACAGUAGUGAGGUCUCUAAGGAACUUAUAGUGAAAGAGAUAGAGUGUGGGGCUGGCAGAAAUGGGUCUGAAAGCCAAUGGAGAAAUGCUGCUUCUACUGGGGAUUCUAAUAAACCCAAUGAAGCAAGAGUGACGAGCGAUACGAGUUUCGCUUUCUCUAAAAAUUCCGAAGAUGCUGUACUCAAUAUGCAGUCCCGGAACUUCAACGCUAGCAAUGGUCCUGAUCUGUUAAAAGGUGAUGGUAUAUUUAGAAGCAGUAGUUUUUCGGAGCUGGAGAAACCAGAUCAGUCAAGAUGGUGUAUAUCUGAAGCUCCUGACAUUGAUAAAGGCAAUGUUAAACCUGGAGAAGAGAUUUCCUUUUCAGGUGAAAUUAAAACUACGUGGCAUGGAAAUACUGGCAAAGCUAAUGUAGAUUACAAGUAUGACAAGUUUCAUACCAGUGAAACUAAGGAGCUUGAUCAGCAAUUUAAGACUAGCGGUGCAUACUUGAAGGAAAACUUUGCUGAUAACAGCCGAUGGUCUAGAACUGAGGAGCCCAGUAGUUCAUUUUCAGAGAUGUGGAAAGAUUGUUCUGUCAAGACUGUUUUUCCAUUCCCUAAGGGUGAUUUAUCAAUUGGUUAUAAUGCUGCUAGUGCUUCAGAUAAGAGAGAAGGAAAGAAGAUAGCAGAUGCACUUGAUGUCAGAGCAGCAAUUAAAGAACAGGUGGAUGAGGUUGGAAGGGCUUUAUUCUUUGGGAAGUCUCAAGGCAAUGCUGAGCAAAAAAGUAUAAAUGGAUUGGCCUUUCCUCUUGCAUAUGAUGAUCAAAGGGAAGAGUUACCUAGGUUGCCACCAGUUAAACUCAAAUCAGAAGAGAAGUCAUUGAAUGUUAACUGGGAGGAAAAAUAUGAGCGUGAUGGCCCAGGUGCAAAGCUUGUUAGUGCUGACAAUACCUUCCUUAUAGGGUCCUAUUUGGAUGUUCCCAUUGGGCAAGAGAUAAAUGCUUCAGGUGGGAAAAGGAAUGCUGGAGGUAGUUGGCUUUCUGUGAGUCAGGGUAUUGCAGAAGAUGCAUCUGAUCUUGUUUCUGGUUUUGCUACUAUUGGUGAUGGAUUAAGUGAAUCUAUUGAUUACCCAAACGAGUAUUGGGAGUCUGAUGAAUAUGAUGACGAUGAUGAUGUUGGAUACAUGAGACAACCUAUUGAGGAUGAAGCCUGGUUUCUGGCUCAUGAAAUCGAUUAUCCUAGUGACAAUGAGAAGGGAACUGGGCAUGGGAGUGUUCGGGAUCCUCAAGAAAGAAGUCAGACCAAGGAUGAUGAUGAUGAUCAAUCAUUUGCAGAAGAGGAUUCUUACUUCUCUGGUGAGCGUUAUUUCCAGGCAAAGAAUGUUGAACCUGUUGCAGCUUCAGAUGAUCCUAUAGGGCUCUCUGUAACUGAAAUGUACAAUGGGACUCAUGAGAAUGAUUUAAUUGCCCAAUAUGAUGGACAGUUAAUGGAUGAAGAGGAGCUUAAUUUGAUGCGUGCUGAACCUGUUUGGCAGGGAUUUGUCACACAGACAAAUGAACUUAUCAUGCUGGAGGACGGAGAAGUUCUCAAUGAGUGUGGCAGGUCUCAGCUGGAUGAUAUUUGCAUAGACAAUGAUCAGCAUGGUGCAGUUAGGUCUAUUGGUGUGGGUAUCAACAGUGAUACUGCUGACUUUGGCAGUGAAGUACGUGAAAGUUUAGUUGCAGUUAGUAGUGAAGGGGAUUUAGAAUAUUUUCAUGAUCAUGAUGGUUCUAUUGGAGGUUCCAGACAAAGUUACCAUGAAACAGAAAGGAAAUAUAUUGAUAAACCAAAUAGAGAUAAAAGGAAAACUGGAAAAAAUGAUUCUAAUAAGUAUGCUAUUGAGAAUGAUAAAGGUUCAACCCCCCAGGUGAAGAAUCUUGCAGAUGGAGGAUUUUCAUUUCCUCCACCAUUAAGAGAUGGGCAAUUGGUGCAGGCAGGCUCUAGUAACUCUAUAUGGCCAAGUAACAGCAAUGCUGCUGGUGAAGAGCGUGAUGACUGCUUGACCGCUUUGAUGGAGCCGGAUGAUAUGCUUGCUACAUGGAGGCGGAAAAGUAGUGAUUCUUCAGUUGCCCAAAGCUCUAGGGAUGAAGAUGAUGCCAAUGUAAGAUCAGCAAAUUCUAGCCCUUCAACUCUCUCUAAUUAUGGUUAUGGUGCACAAGAAAAGACUAAGAAAGAAGAGGAUGAGAAAACUAGUGGCGUGAGGGAAGAGGAUCUUGGGGCAUCGCUUGAAGAUGAAGAGGCUGCUGCCGUCCAAGAGCAAGUGAGACAAAUUAAAGCACAAGAGGAGGAAUUUGAGACCUUCGAUCUCAAGAUUGUGCAUAGGAAAAACAGAACUGGAUUUGAGGAGGAUAAGAAUUUCCAUGUUGUUUUAAAUUCUGUUAUAGCUGGGCGCUAUCAUGUUACUGAGUAUCUUGGAUCGGCUGCGUUUAGUAAAGCUAUACAAGCUCAUGAUCUGCACACAGGCAUGGAUGUCUGUGUGAAAAUUAUAAAGAACAACAAGGAUUUUUUUGAUCAAAGCCUUGACGAGAUUAAGCUUCUCAAGUAUGUUAACAAACAUGAUCCAGCAGAUAAGCAUCACAUUCUCCGAUUGUAUGAUUACUUUUACUACCGAGAACAUUUGCUAAUAGUCUGUGAACUUCUCAAGGCAAACUUAUAUGAGUUCCAUAAAUUUAAUAGGGAAUCAGGUGGCGAGGUUUACUUCACAAUGCCAAGAUUGCAGUCUAUAACCAUUCAGUGUUUGGAGGCUCUCCAGUUUUUGCAUGGCCUUGGCCUAAUACAUUGUGAUCUGAAGCCCGAAAAUAUAUUAGUUAAAAGCUAUAGUAGAUGUGAGGUGAAGGUCAUUGAUCUUGGGAGCAGUUGUUUUGAGACAGAUCAUCUAUGCUCCUAUGUUCAAUCCAGGUCCUAUCGUGCACCAGAGGUUAUCCUAGGACUUCCAUAUGACAAGAAAAUAGAUAUCUGGUCACUUGGCUGUAUCUUGGCAGAACUCUGUACUGGAAAUGUACUUUUCCAGAAUGAUUCACCUGCGACAUUACUUGCAAGAGUAAUUGGAAUCAUAGGUCCUAUCAAACAAGACAUGCUUGCCAAAGGACGGGAUACAUACAAAUACUUUACGAAGAAUCACAUGCUUUAUGAACGUAAUCAGGAGACCAAUAGACUGGAAUACCUGAUACCCAAGAAGACAUCCUUGAGGCAUCGGCUGCCGAUGGGGGACCAGGGAUUCGUUGAUUUUGUUGCUCAUUUGCUUGAAGUAAACCCAAAGAAGCGUCCUUCCGCUGCAGAGGCUCUGAAGCACCCAUGGCUAUCAUACCCGCACGAACCCAUAUCAGCUUGAGCACUGUGCGAGUUGCUUGAUGAGACUUAUGGGAUUGCUUGCCUCAUCUCAGCUCCCUCGUAUUGACUGGGAAAAGGAGCUGUUAUGAAUUACAGAGUGGAAAUGAUGUUGUAGUUGAUCUCUCCAAGGAGUUUUCCUACCUUCACAUGCCUGCAAAAUGCAUUCAAAGGUGUGUUUGAUUUUGUUUGGUUAUAUCAUAUUAAUAUAAUAUUAAAUGUCCUUCCCCUAACCAAAGUAGUAUUGGAAAUGAGCAUAAUGAAGGAUGUAAUUUUUGGAAGAGAGUGGUAUCCUUGGAAAGGGGAAUCUAAUAUUGUUGUACAUGACAUGAUGUUGUGAUAAUUCUUUUAGGUUAUUUAGUAAUAUAGCUUUGUCAAAUAGUUGGUAACCAAAUUUGGUUACUGCUACUGCUACUGCUAUUGCUACUCGUUGAUUGGAUUUCUGGCC